CUGUGGCCAGAAGCUGUGGCCCUUCCAGGCCCACCCGGCCCUCCAGGACAGCCAGGGCUUCCCGGAUCCAGAAAUCUGGUUACGGCAUUUAGCACCAUGGAUGACAUGCUGCAGAAAGCACAUUUGGUCAUUGAAGGGACGUUCAUCUACCUGAGGGACAGCACUGAGUUCUUCAUUCGGGUCCGAGAUGGUUGGAAGAAAUUACAGCUAGGAGAACUGAUCCCCAUUCCCGCCGACAGCCUGCCGCCCCCUGCGCUCUCCAGCAAUCCACAUCAGCCUCCACGUCCACUGAUGCCGCUUUCAAGUGUCAGCUACGAGAGGCCUGCACUGCACUUGGUUGCUCUGAACACACCAUUCUCCGGGGACCUUCGAGCUGAUUUGCAGUGCUUCCAGCAGGCCAGGGCUGCGGGGCUGUUGUCUACCUACCGGGCCUUCUUAUCCUCCCAUCUGCAAGACCUCUCCACGGUUGUGAGGAAAGCAGAGAGAUACAGCCUUCCAAUAGUGAACCUCAAGGGCCAAGUACUUUUCAACAACUGGGACUCAAUUUUUUCUGGCCACGGAGGUCAGUUCAAUACACAUGUUCCAAUAUACUCCUUUGAUGGCCGAGACGUGAUGACAGAUCCUUCCUGGCCCCAGAAGGUCAUUUGGCACGGCUCCAGCCCCCAUGGAGUGCGUCUUGUGGAUAACUACUGUGAAGCGUGGCGAACAGCUGACAUGGCAGUCACGGGACUGGCCUCCCCACUGAGCACAGGGAAGAUUCUCGACCAGAAAACAUAUAGCUGUGCUAAUAGGCUCAUUGUUCUGUGUAUCGAAAACAGUUUCAUGACAGAUGCCAGGAAGUAAUGACCUUCCAAUGAUUCGUAAGCGUUUUCCAGUUUUUCUUAUGUGAAGAGUUGACACUGAAAUCUAAAAGGUUUAAAUGUUGUAAAUACUAGUUUUUUAUUACACAUUCGUCACAACAGCAACCAAAGAAAACAUACCUCAAUACACUCCAAACUGAAGACAUAAAGGACUCAGAUCAAAAAUAAAAUCUGAUCCAUCUGUUGGUGCUAGAUUCUGCAGGAGACCCCAUGCAGUGUGAACACAUCCCAACACGGUUAAGAGCGAGUUGAAAACAAAGGCCUUGGCAUUCUGCCCCCCCUGCAUCCUUCAGAAAGUAAUUUCCUCCUUUAACCAUUGUUGCUGAGUGUAAGAUGUCCUUCAUGUUUUCUCACAAAGUCAGUGUUUAGACAUGUUACCCUUUCUAAGUUAUGUGCCGACUGAACGCUUUAUUCUUCAUGCUUUCAUAAUAUACAGCCGUCCUUGGCUGUUCAUACAGAGAGACAGAACUGCUCAAAUGAUCCCAUUUGUAUUUUCUGAUAUUACCAGCCUUUAAUGUUUAUUUCCUAAAAUAUUAUUGCCAUCGUGCUUUAGGCGUUUUAUAUUUUUACACAAUCAUAUUUUAGUAUGGCACCAGUUUAUAUAACUCUGACUUGCUGGAAAAGUUUAAACUCCAAAUGAUCUGAAACUAGAAGAGAAAUAGCGCAAAAUAACUACCUUUCCCUUGGUGGCCCUUCCCCCCACCCCCACCCCCCGAUUUUAUGACCUCCACGGGGCAACUCUCGGAUUACAACUGCCGUUGAACCAACAGGUUCAUGAGGAUGAAUUUUUCUGAGGCGCAUAUAUCUUCGUGCUGUAUACUUUGAUUUUUUUUCCACGUAAGUGAACAUAAAAACAGCUUUUCCAGGCA